UGAGCGCGCCCGCCCGCGGCCCAGGCUGGGCCCGGCCGGCCCGGCCCUCUACAGCGGCAAGUUUGGGAGUUGCACGAGUUUGCGGGGCGGGGGACAGGCCGGGAGGGCGGCCAUGGAGGAGGAGCGGGGGUCGGCGCUGGCGGCCGAGUCGGCGCUGGAGAAGAACGUGGCCGAGCUGACCGUCAUGGACGUGUACGACAUCGCGUCGCUUGUGGGCCACGAGUUCGAGCGGGUCAUCGACCAGCACGGCUGCGAGGCCAUCGCGCGCCUCAUGCCCAAGGUCGUGCGCGUCCUGGAGAUCCUGGAAGUGCUGGUCAGCCGCCACCACGUCGCGCCCGAGCUGGACGAGCUGCGCCUGGAGCUGGACCGCCUGCGUCUAGAGAGGAUGGACCGCAUCGAGAAGGAGCGCAAGCACCAGAAGGAGCUGGAGCUGGUGGAGGAUGUGUGGCGAGGGGAGGCGCAGGACCUCCUCUCCCAGAUUGCCCAGCUGCAGGAGGAGAACAAGCAGCUCAUGACCAACCUCUCCCACAAGGAUGUCAACUUCUCAGAGGAGGAGUUCCAGAAGCAUGAAGGCAUGUCAGAGCGGGAGCGGCAGGUGAUGAAGAAGCUGAAGGAGGUGGUGGACAAACAACGUGACGAGAUCCGUGCCAAGGACAGGGAGCUGGGCCUGAAAAAUGAGGACGUCGAGGCUUUACAGCAGCAGCAGACACGGCUGAUGAAGAUCAACCAUGACCUUCGGCACCGGGUCACGGUGGUGGAGGCCCAGGGGAAAGCCCUGAUCGAACAGAAGGUGGAGCUGGAGGCAGACCUGCAGACCAAGGAGCAAGAGAUGGGCAGUCUGCGAGCAGAGCUGGGGAAGUUGCGAGAGAGGCUGCAGGGGGAGCACAGCCAGAAUGGGGAGGAGGAGCCUGAGGUGAGCAGGAAGCUGGGUGCAGAGGUGGUAGUGGAGGGUAAGUCUGGGGGUUGGCUCAAGGCAGGCAGGGUUGCCUUGUUUUCCCCUUUAUACUUAAGAAAAUGGCCAGCCUGGGCAACAUAGCAAGACCUCAGUUCUCUACAAACUUUUUUUUUUAACUAGC